AUGGAUUCAGACAAUUCAGAGAAUUACGAUCAAGAAUUUUGGGAUUUGAUUGAAGAAGAAUUUAUGGACGACAGUGAUGAAGAACAACAGCUUCAGAAUGAACGUCAAUCUGGAAGUUCCUCUCGACCAAAGAGAAGAACAACGAUAGGUCGAGAUGCCCUUGGAAAUCAUGAUGAAUAUUUCCAAAUGAGGGUCGGCGCAACUGGUAAAAUGGGUCUUUCACCAUUGCAGAAAUGUACAUCUGCUAUUUGUAUGUUGGCGUAUGGGUCUCAUGCUGACUUUGUAGACGAAUAUGUUCGAAUCGGUGAAAGCACUUCAAUUGAGUGCUUACAAAGAUUCGUUCAGGGCGUGAAUGUUGUAUUUGGGGAUGAGUAUUUGAGAAAGCCUAACAACACUGAUGUUGAACAUCUUUUACAAAUGGGAGAGUCACGUGGCUUUCCAGAUAUGUUGGGUUCCAUUGAUUGUAUGCAUUGGGAAUGGAAAAAUUGUCCUGUUGCAUGGAAAGGACAGUAUUGUCGAGGUGAUCAUGGUUCAAACAAUGACAUUAAUGUGUUAAACCAAUCCAACGUGUUUAACGAUAUUUUGGAAGGACAUGCUCCCAAUGUGCAAUAUACAAUCAAUGGGACACCAUAUAAUAUGGGGUAUUAUUUAGCAGAUGGAGAUUUAGUCGAGUAUAUUUGGGAACGUUUUGGACCUGAAGAUGAUGAAAUUUAA